AUGAGCGAAGGACAGUCGAUGCCCGGAGAGCUGGAAGACACAGACAGCUAUGACCUCGCCCAGGACGAGCCGGAGAGUGAGACUAGCGGGAGUUUGACAAAGAGAAUACCAGCGGCACAAUGGAAGCUAUCAUCCAGGACUGUUGAGGAGAAUCUUGCGGCAGGGCUGUCUAAUGAAGACCUCUGGAUGCUCAUCCGACGCUUCAACAAGCAAAUAUAUUACUUGAAGGCGGUUCCUGGGCCUCCACCACAAGAUAUCGAUCUCAAUAGGGCCGAGGAUGAACAAUUUCCUCCGGAAAAGCUGCGGAUCACCUUGGAGCGAUUCUACACUUCUGUGGUUGUGGGAGUUACCCAACUCUUCAACCAUAUCGGCCGACUACGAUCGUGGAAAGAACCGAUCCGAACAUCUGUGUUCUGUGCGGUUUAUUUCGGCGCGUGGCUCAAAGACCUCCUUAUUCCCGCUAUCAUUAGCCUCUUCGUCUGUAUGAUCAUAUGUCCACCAAUACGGCCUCUCCUAUUUCCUCCUGUUGUUGCUUCUACGGAUGACUCCAGUGAAAGCUCCAGGAAGCCUGUGGCUGAAGAGCCCGAAUCGCAUGACAGCAUCACCGGCGCACCAGAGACACAUAAAGGCGAGGCUGCUGAACAAGAAGCUAUCAAUCUAGUCAACAGCGUUGCUACUGUAGCCAUGAAAAGCGCGGCUGCAAAGUAUGGCCAGGGUGUACCACAAGAUGCUUCGGAGGAACCACCCACGCCUGAUGAAAGGGAGGUAGUGACUCUCCCAACAGAAGCGGAGCUUGACGCUGCUCCCGAAGACAAGACAAAGAAGCCAAUGAAGAAGAAAGUGGCAAAUGCCACUGAUAAGACGAUGCGUGUCAUUAGUGACAUAACCGACAUUUACGAAAAGCUCGCCAAUCUACUGUCUCCGACCCCACCAUUUAUUACCACAGCGGUUCGCCUGCGUCUGGCAGGUAUAUUGAUCGCUGUAUGCGUAAUCUUUCCCUUUACGUCAAGCUACUGGAUUAUCAAAUCCGGUGCCUUUACCAUUGGACUUUGCUUCUUCGGCGAUCCGGCUUUUCAACGGACCUUGGAUAUCUUAAAUUCCAGAUUUCCGAACUGGAAGAAGCAUUUGGACAUUCAAAUGACACUAUUGAAAGGUGUCCCCACGAACGCUCAGCUCACCUUGACCCUUCUACGAAUCGGUGAAAUAAACUCAGCACCGUUACCACCACCACCAGGCUCUCAGGACAAUGAGCGAUCCUGGCCACUACGACGCAAAAAGUCCCAGGCGAAGCUAACUGAUCGGGAAAGUGGUCAAAACAGUACCGAUGAUCUCCAAAGUCAAGCGUCUACCGAAAACUGGCCAAAACAAAAGCCUAAGAAAAGAUGGGUCUUCAAAGUUCUGAGGUUCGUGCGCCAGACGAUAGCAACAGCGAUCAAGGGACAUAUUGCUUUCGAUCGAGCAAUAGCCAUUGCAGGAUCGACACACACCAAGAAUUUGAUUGGCAUGUUGCAAAAGAAAGGCUGGCGUGGGGCUCCCUUUGGCCCUCUAAAAUUCGAUGCGAAAUAUCAGCGCAAGCGAGGUGCGGUAGUCAUUGAUUCGUCGAAGGAGCCACCUAUCCUGUACUUCACGACAUAUCAAUCUGCAGGCUUGGAUGAUCUACGACUGGAAAGUCGGAAGAAGGGAUCAGUGCUGUUUCAGAUUCCAGUGCCAGAUAUUACGGAAUUGAAGAAGACCGAGGGACUGGGAUGGAAGGGCAAGCUGAUUGUGGAGCUGACAGCGGGGAGCAAAGAGUCAGCGGAUGGUUUGGUUAUAGGUGGGAAAGGCGGCGAGUCCUUUCACCUCACGGGAAUGCGAGCACGAAAUCAACUUUUCAACCGACUGGUCGCUAUUGAUGCACAGUUCUGGGAAAGCCAUUGA